AUGAAGCCGAAACAUGGCUGCAAAUUAUCCACAUUGAAACCAGACUACAGAAGACACAAGUCCGGAGGGUUGUCUAUACAUUCGGAUUCGGGAACAUUAUAGAGCAUAUGGUAUAUAGAUAUACCCGCGGCUGGUAGGAUCUGGAGUCUCUUCUUGCUCGACAUAUUCCCCCUCCACCAUGGCUCUUGGACCAGCAGAAGUCGCGUCAGUAAUAUCAUCCCUUUCCUCGAGUCUCUUCCAUUCAUGCGAGGGUGUGGUAGACAUGGACCGAUGCUUAUCGGCACUUUUCUUGCCCUAAUUUUAUUCGGGAUUUCGGUGACUCAAGUUUAUAUGUACUGGAGUGCAUAUCGGAAAAAGUUCGUGAGAUUGUCACAGGUCUUCGUGGUCUUCGUCGCAGACACUACACAUACAAUCUUCAUAAUGGCAUAUAUGUAUCUAUCACUUGUGAAACACUUUGGAGACAUUCCUUACAUUUCUGAUUCAACUUGGGUAUUUGCUGCUGAGCCAGCUCUUGUGGGCAUUAUUGGUGGCUUGGUACAAAGUUUCUACGGGUGGAGAGUGCAGAUCCUACUCGGAAAUUGGUUUGUCACCUUGAUCAUCUUUGUCGGUGCUCUUGCAAAUAUGUUGAUGGGCAUUGCAACUGCAAUUGGUGCGGACAUUGUGAAAGCAUUCUCAGAAUUUCAAAGGUUUCAAGUGGUGGUCAUUAUUUGGGCCGUCACUGCUAUGGCGGCAGAUUUAAUUAUAAUGGCAACACUGGUGCUGCAUCUGAGACAUUUCAAGACAGGAAUCAAUAAAGGAACAGACAAUCAGAUUGAUAGGAUUAUCCGGUUAACUUUACAAACUGUUCUUCGCUAUUUGUUAUAUAGCAUUGCCCAUCUACUGACUUUCCUUCUUGAUCCUGCUGGCGUACAUCUUUUCUUCAAUUUUACCCUUGCGAAGCUAUACACAAAUUCUCUACUCUCAUCUCUGAACUCAAGAGGAGGAUGGAAGUUCAUGGAUUCAACAUCUGACCACAAUCCCAUUACCACUGGCCGAUCUGGGAUAUAUACUGAACAUGGAGUUAGCCAACAUGUGUUUAUACAGGUUGAGUCUCAUGAAAUGAUGGACCAAAAUCAAAAGGGCGCAGCAAUUGACUCGGAAUACUGA